CGAACAAAACUAAUAAAUAGUAUUCUACAGAGUCCUUUUUGUUUCUUCUUUACAGUGAUGUUUAUUGAUGGGAAGUGCUUAUUCUGAUGCAGGGAACGUUGCCUUCCAAUGAAAAGCACCCAGCAUGCAAAUCAAUGUGGAGAGGAGUAACAGUUUCAUAUAUCAUAAUAGCAAUUUGUUUAUUUCCACUUGCAAUAGUUGGAUUUUGGGCUUAUGGAAACAAUGUACCUAUGAAUUUAGGAACCUUAUCUGCAUUUUCUCGGUUUCACAGACAUGACACAUCAAAGUAUGUGAUAGGCUUAAUCUACCUAUUGCUACUAAUAGGCUGCUUGUGCUCCUACCAAAUCUAUGCCAUGCCGGUUUUUGACAACUUAGAAUUCAUCUACAUCAGCAAGAAGAAGAAGCCAUGUUCAAGGUUGGUUCGUGCUGGUUUGCGCCUUUUCUUCGGAGGACUGACAUUCUUGAUAGCUGUGGCUUUUCCAUUUUUAGGGAGUCUAGCGAUUCUGCUUGGAGGAAUGACAUUAUCAUUAUUGACUUAUGCUUACCCAUGCUUCAUGUGGAAUUCAAUCAAGAGACCCCAAAAGAAUGGUGUCAUUUGGUGCCUUAACUUAGGACUAGGAUGCUUAGGAAUUGUUUUGAGCAUGUUGUUAGUAGUAGCAGCUGCUUGGAACUUAGCUGAUAAAGGCUUAAAUGCCAACUUCUUCAAACCUUAACCACGUGUAACUCGAAACAUAUAUAAAACUGUAAUCCAGAACAGAACAUAUAUAUGAAGCUUUAAAGAUAAAUCAAAGCAAUUGGGCUUU